AUGGUCAACUGCAUCCAAGCUGCCAAGGACAUGGGAGUCAAACGCGUGUGCUACACGUCGUUCGUUGGUGCGGGAUCGGACAAACCGAACGACCAGCUGCCGUUCCUGCCUCGAGACCACCAAUUCACCGAGCAGCAAAUCUACGCGUCGGGUCUGGAUUACAACAUCCAGCGCAAUUGGUUGUACCAGGACAACACGCCGCGCUUCUUUGCGCCGUCGUGGCAGUUCACUGAAGACCGCUGGCUCUCGAAUAGCCACGACGUCCCGGGGGCUUACGUGGCACUUGAAGACUGUGGUCGGGUCUUUGGAGCUCUGCUGCUGGGGAAGCAGGAGAAGAACACGGUGGUGAGUGUCACUGGUCCGGAAGCCGUCACGGACCGGGAGAUGUUUGACUGGAUGAACUCCAUCAGCGGAUACAAAGGGCAAUUCGUUGACAUGCCCGAUAAGGAGCUACGUGCUUACUGGCUCAAUCGCGGCCUCCCUACGGACGUCUCGGGCGACUUUUCCCACCUUCCUAUGAAGUUGUGCAUCGAAGACCUCCUGUGCUGUGGAGAAACGGUGGCAAACGGUUCGAUGAAGGAGGUGACGGACACGGUGGAACGUCUCACUAGCCGCAAGCCACUGAGCUACAAGGAGAACCUGUUGCAAUACACGGAAAGCUUCCCGCAAGUCCAUAGCUCAACCCGACGGAGCUUCACGUCAAUGGUGGCAAACAGCAGAAAAUGGCUCCUGAAUUGGGUCGUUGCUGGCUGUUGA